AAACCCAGGUCACGGUUCCUAUUGGCUGAGUCCGCUGAGGGUGACGUCAUUGGGACGUACUAAGACUAGGGUUGGGCCGAGAGUCGGAGCCAUUACUGCAGGAAAAGGUCCCGCAGAGCUGAGCAGUCAAGAUGUGUGACUUCACCGAAGACCAGACCGCAGAGUUCAAGGAGGCCUUCCAGCUGUUUGACCGAACAGGUGAUGGCAAGAUCCUGUACAGCCAGUGUGGGGACGUGAUGAGGGCCCUGGGCCAGAACCCUACCAACGCCGAGGUGCUCAAGGUCCUGGGGAACCCCAAGAGUGAUGAGAUGAACGUGAAGGUGCUGGACUUUGAGCACUUUCUGCCCAUGCUGCAGACAGUGGCCAAGAACAAGGACCAGGGCACCUAUGAGGAUUAUGUCGAAGGACUUCGGGUGUUUGACAAGGAAGGAAAUGGCACCGUCAUGGGUGCUGAAAUCCGGCAUGUUCUUGUCACACUGGGUGAGAAGAUGACAGAGGAAGAAGUAGAGAUGCUGGUGGCAGGGCACGAGGACAGCAAUGGUUGUAUCAACUAUGAAGCGUUUGUGAGGCAUAUCCUGUCGGGGUGACGGGCCCAUGGGGCGGAGCUCGUCCGCAUGGUGCUGAAUGGCUGAGGACCCUCCCAGUCUCACGACUCCGUGCCUUUCCCUGUGUGAAUUUUGUAUCUAGCCUGAAGUUUCCCUAGGCUCUCUUGUCUCAGCACCUUUCCCAUCUUGUCUCUUGGAUGAUGUUUGCCGUCAGCAUUCACCAAAUAAACUUGCUCUCUGGGCCCUC